AUGGUCAGCCGUUUUGAACACCCUGCUGGAGGCUAUAAGAAGAUCUUCGAGACGGUGGAGGAGAUGAACGAACCUCUUCCAGCAACCGUCACUGGACGCAUCCCGUCCUUUAUAAAGGGCAGUCUGCUGCGUUUGGGUCCCGGCCUGUUUGAGGCAGGAGCUGAGCCGUUUUACCAUCUGUUUGACGGGCAGGCGCUCAUGCACAAGUUUGACUUCAGCAACGGACAGGUCACUUAUUUCCGCAAGUUUGUGAAAACAGAUGCGUAUGUGCGCGCCGUAACAGAGAAACGGGUGGUCAUCACGGAGUUCGGGACCUGUGCGUAUCCAGAUCCCUGCAAGAACAUCUUCUCCAGGUUCUUCUCGUAUUUUAAAGGCGUUGAGGUGACGGACAACUGCCUGGUGAACGUUUAUCCUAUUGGGGAGGACUUUUAUGCCGUCACAGAGACUAAUUACAUCACUAAAGUUAACGUGGACACUUUGGAAACACUGAAAAAGGUUGAUAUGUGUAAUUAUGUAAACAUCAAUGGAGUCACGGCGCAUCCUCACAUCGAGAGAGACGGGACGGUCUACAACAUUGGAAACUGCAUGGGCAAAGGAGCGUCGCUGGCCUACAAUAUCGUCCGAAUCCCUCCUACACAAAAGGACAAAUCUGACCCCAUUGAAAAGUCCAAGGUGGUGGUGCAGUUCCCAAGUGCUGAGAGGUUCAAGCCAUCCUAUGUGCACAGUUUUGGGAUGACGGAGAAUUACUUUGUCUUUGUGGAGACACCUGUGAAAAUCAACCUGCUGAAGUUUCUGAGCGCCUGGAGCAUCAGAGGAUCCAACUAUAUGGACUGCUUCGAGUCGGAUGAAGAGAAAGGCACCUGGAUACACAUUGCGAGGAAACACCCAGGAGAGUACAUUGACUAUAAGUUCAGGACCUCAGCGAUGGGUCUUUUCCAUCACAUCAACUGCUAUGAAGAUUCAGGGUUCAUCGUGUUUGACCUGUGUGCCUGGAAAGGCUUUGAGUUUGUCUACAACUAUCUGUGGCUGGCAAACCUCCGUGCCAACUGGGAAGAGGUUAAAAGAAAUGCCAUGAUCGCCCCGCAGCCCGAAGUCAGGAGAUACGUCAUUCCUCUGGAUCCCUUCAGGGAGGAGCAGGGCAAAAACUUGAUCUCUCUGCCCUACACCACAGCCACUGCAACAAUGCGUGCGGACGGGACCAUCUGGCUCGAACCCGAGGUGCUUUUCUCUGGCCCACGUCAAGCUUUCGAGUUUCCUCAGAUCAACUACAAAAUGGUCAAUGCGAAGAAUUACACAUAUGCCUAUGGACUGGGACUCAACCAUUUCGUCCCUGACAGGAUUUGCAAGCUGAAUGUGAGGACUAAGGAGACCUGGGUAUGGCAGGAGCCUGACUCGUACCCUUCGGAGCCGCUGUUUGUACAGACUCCUGACGGAGUGGAUGAGGACGAUGGUAUCCUCAUGACAAUCGUGGUGUCUCCUGGAGCCCAGAGACCAACAUACUGCCUGAUCCUGAAUGCUAAGGAUCUGUCGGAGAUCGCCAGAGCAGAAGUGGAAAUCCUGACUCCGGUCACUUUCCAUGGGAUGUACAAACCAUAAACCCACUGA